AUGGCCGACAACAAGCCGCCAACAAACGCAAACUCAAAAGAAGAUGUCUAUCAGUUCCUCAAAACGAUAGAGACCUAUUCACAAUCAACUUCAAACGCAACUCCAAAUGCAAGCGGUCCAGGCGGGAGUGUCCAGGCAGCAGACACGAGAGCUGUGUUUGAGUUCCUUGACCAAUUCUCCCAAACAAAACCAACCGCAGCCACACCUCCAAACAGCACCGGGACAGGGGCUACUGUUGCUACAGGGAAGAAAAUAGAGGGGAAUAGAACGGAAGCAAAAUCGGUUCAAGCACAAGAACAAUCACAGCAGCAACCCUCACUAGAUCGGCAGCCGUCACAAAAACAAACCUCUCUUACAGAAACUAUAGGAGCCGGCUGGGCAUGGAAUAACUUACUCGCAACGGCGACAACUGCAUACAAAACAGCUUCUACGGUUGUAGACUCUUCUGUCAAGGGCGCGCUUGCUACUGUUGAAACCGUACGCGCCAACGAAACUACUAAGAAAUUUGAAGAGCGUGUGAGGGAGUACGUCAAUAAAGAAGCUAUCGAAAAAAUCGGCACCGAUCUCAGAACGCUGAGCCUGUCAACACUCACAACCGUCGUCAACGUUGUAGCACCUCCAAUCGCCGAACAUGAAGUGGUUGAAGUAUGGCUCACGCACGAUAUGAUUGGUUAUGUCGGAUUGGAAUCGAUAGUUUAUCAUGCAUUUAUGAGAAUCAUGGAGCAAGUAGAAGGUGGCGAUAUUCUGGUUAGAAAAGGUAGCGAAGUCAGGCGACGGGAUGCUGUCGAUGAAGGAAGAAAAGAUUUGAAUGUUUGUGAAGGAUUUGCUGAAGCGGUUGGAAUUGCAAAGGUGAACAACGAAUGUUGUGUUGGAAAGGAGAUAGAAGAUUUGAAUCCCAUUUCCUUUGUGGAAGGAAUCAACAAUGAUUAUAGCUACUGCGCCUGUCACGUAGCAAACAUUGAACAAACAAUCAAACAUCAUUUCAUUCCACAUCCGACCUCGACAUUCUUUCCCCCGGAUCACCCCCCGUUGUCUCCCCUAUCACCCGGUGCCCCCCCUGUCACCACAUGUCCAGUCUUUAUGGCUAUUCAACCAACAAAAGCCUCACCCAUGCCUUCAUUGGAUGGCGAGAAUAAGUAUCUCUAUUACACAGUAGUACUAAACGAUCCCACCCAUCAUCUUAAUUUCUAUACGUUCUCUCAAUCACUUCCCAUAUCAUGGUUGGAGGUUCCUUAUGCAGAUAAUGAGUGGGUCGAGGAGAAGAUGAUUGAAGCUAUUCGGUUGGCUGUGACGUGUGUUGCACAGGAUUAUGUUUGGCAUCGAAUGAAAGAUGAUGAUGAUGCUGCUGCAGCAAAGAAAGAUGAGGAAGUUGUAGUAAAUGAAGCAAAAGAAGGAGACUAA